UCAACCAAAAAAAUGGAAUUUUUAAACCCCUCAACCGAACCGGGAAGCUACUCCCGGCGAUGCGCAGCUCCGAUCUCCGGCGAUGGAUCGCCAAUAUCAGCCGCUCCUCUCGCCGGAAUUCCCACGAAGAAACCCUCCUCCUCUUCCGCCAAAUGCAAACAGAAGGCUUCCCCCCCAACCGCUUCAUCCUCCCCACCCUCCUCCGCUCAGCCUCCAAUCUCUCCGAUUCCAUAACCGGCAGAUCCCUCCACAGCUCUUCAAUCCGAUCCUCACUAACCUCCGAUCCCUUCAUCUCCAGCUCCCUGAUCGAUUUCUACGUCAAAUCCGGCCGUCACGCCGACGCACGGCGCGCGUUCGACGAAGCGCCGAUCAGAGAUUCGGUCGUCUGGAACUCCAUCAUCUCGGGAUACGCUUCGCGGGGAUUGAUCGAAGAAGGUAUGUUGUUGUUCCGAGAGAUGCAAUCUAGGGGUCCGAAACCUGAUUUGUUUACUUGGAAUUCUCUGAUUUCUGGGUAUGCGCAAUCCGGCGAUGAACAGAACGCUCUGAAGCUUUUUGAUUCGAUGAGAUUUAGCGGAAUUGAAGCUGAUGUGGUCUCUUGGACGUCGAUUAUUUCCGGUUUAGUUCGCAAUUUCAAUUACAGAAAGGGUUUUGUGUUUUUCCGGCGAAUGGUGGCGGUCGCCGGAGUUCGGCCGAGCUCCGCCACGAUUAGCAGUUUGCUACCAGCUUCGGCUAAUGUGAUGGAUCUGAGGAGAGGUAAAGAGAUUCAUGGAUACGCCAUUGUUAGCGGUUUCGAACGAGAUUUAUUCGUCAGCAGUUCGCUGAUCGAUAUGUACUCUAAGUGCGGGGUCAUAUCCGACGCCGACAGGGUGUUCGAUGAAAUGCCCGUGAAGAACACGGUUUCCUUCAACUCCAUGAUUUUCGCUCACGCAAAUCAUGGCCGCUGUGAAAAAGCUAUAAAACUGUUCUACCAGAUGAAAAUCUAUGGCUUUUUACCUGAUCAUCUAACCUUCACGGCUGUCUUAACAGCUUGCAGCCAUGGCGGAAAGGUGAAGUUGGGGAAAUAUUUGUUCAGAUUUAUGCAAGAAAAUCACCAGAUUGUUCCCAGAAUGGAGCAUUAUGCUUCCAUGGUGGAUCUUCUUGGGAGAGCUGGUAAGCUUUUGGAGGCUCAUGAUUUGAUUAAUGAGAUGCCGAUGGAGCCGGAUUCGUUCGUUUGGGGAGCAAUGCUCGGGGCCUGUGAAAUCCAUGGUGAUGUCGGGCUUUCGGAGAUUGCUGCGAGGCGUUUGGGUGAGCUCGAGCCGGCGAGUGGUGGGAGAUUAUGCCUUCUGGGUAGGGUAAUGGCUAGUGCAGGUAGAUUGGGGGAUGCAGAGAGGAUGAAGAAGGUGGCGAGGAAGAAGAGGUUGAGAAGAUAUUUGGGAUGUAGUUGGACACAAGUGUAGUUGGUUAGGUUGGAAGAUUUACAUAAAUACCGCCCCCAUUCUUUUGCAUUUACAUAUUUAACACCGAAACCUAAAACCGACAACAGAUUCGACCUAAAAGACAGUCUUGGCUCAAGUUCAACUAGUUCAUUUCAGAACACAUCAAAGAUUUACAUACCACUUGAUUCCUAUAUAUUUAGGUAUCUAACAUGUAAAAUUUAAUUUUUUUACAUACACAUCAUCUUACCUGUGCAUGAAAAGGUGAGCU